CCUGGGGACUCUCCCGCCAGCCUAGCCUCUCAGUCGCCAGUGCCUUGGCAGUAUCCCAACGUCUGAAGCGGUCUGUCACAAACAUCGUGUUUUUGGCGUCUGGGUCGUCGCUUGGAGGUGGCACGUUGAGCAUGAUCUCACUUUGGGUCAGCAUCCGACAGUCGUCAAGCAGCCCAUGCGCCAGCCGGACUACAACCUUGAGCUCGGCUUCACCUGCAAUCGCAUUUGGGCGGCGUGCCAAGCCCAGAGCAUCAAAGUGCUUGGCUACAAGCUGGUAACACCACGCAAUGAAAUGUCGAUGCGUACGGCAGCGCCGUGUCGUCCAUGCUACUGAUCUUCAUGUACUUUAGGAUCCGUUCGCGCAGCUCGCCUGCCGCCUUGUUGGUGAACGUGAUAACCAUGAUCUUUGUCGGCGACACACCGCGCUUGAUCAUCUCGAUGACACGCGCACACAGCGUACUGGUUUUGCCGGACCCAGCGCCGGCCAUGAUCAGCAGCGGCUUGUCAAUGUCCAGCUUCGAGACAAAUUCCUGGCGCUCAUCGAGCAGAAUUCGUUCUGCUGGAUUGUCGUAUGGCUUUGCAUCUGCAGGGGCUGUAUCUGUGUCCUCGACACCCAGUUUGCCAUCGGCAAUGUCAGAACCCGAUGGCACAAUGGUGACGCCAUCAAUUUCCUCCGCCUCUGCCUGGCAACACCCUAAUUGUCGGCUGGCUCUGCUUGCUGGCUAGGCGGGCCGAUAGGUGCGAGCAGCUCCUGAAUAGUAAUGUCGUUGGCAAACAAAACC